AUGUCAGAAGGGACAUUCAUUGUAGAUGUUUUGGGCCCCAUACUUCACAAACUGUUUCUAAAAAAUAAAAAGGAUUGGUACUUGAAGUAUGGGAAGGCCUGUUUAAAAGCAAGUGAAAACUCCCAAAAAGUGGAUAAUGAGCAUCGAUCCCCUGGUAAAAAAAUAGAUACAAUCUUAGCACUGAAAGAUAGCAAUGAAGAAUUUUUAGUUACAGAAGUAACUGGUCCUCCUUCUAAAAAUGACUGGUCACAUUUUAUAGGAGAUCAAGUGAAAAUUUCAAAAUCGUUGAUAGAUAAGCUCGCGAGAUAUACCCCAAGCUCCAACAUUCGAAAUGUGAGCUUGUAUGGGACGCAAGGAUGA